AUACAGAGACACUUCAAACUUUUAGAGUUUCCCCCUUCAGUACGACUUAUUUUUCUCCUCUGAGAGUGCCUGACAUGUUUUGGUAUUAACAGAGUGCAUGAGAGAAGUGGGCACGCACUUUUCCUGAACCUGACUCCUCACUUAGUUCUGUCUGACCUUCACAGCGGAUUGCCAUCCCGUUCUUCAGCAUCCAGACAUGUAGUCAGCAGCAUAAGCAGAGCCUAUUCCUGUUUGUGAACUCUUUUUCUUCUCAAACAGCUUCCUCUACCUCUCGGGCUGGACUGCGGUGCAUUGACGUCGGCUCGCCCUCCCCUGCCCCCUCGCCCCCCAGCAAUGGCCUCACGCAUUGGGCUGCGGAUGCAGCUGAUGCGAGACCAGCUGCAGCAGGAGGAGCAGCGCGAGCGGCAGCAGCAACAGCAACAACAGCAGAAUGCAGCCCUGCAUUAUAUGCAGCAACGCAUGGCUGGACCACCUGUGUCUACCCCAGCCAUUAGCACCCCACAGCAUUACCAAAGCAUGCAGGUCCCUGUGGAGGUUCUUAAGGUACAGACCCACCUUGAAAAUCCUACAGACUACCACAUCCGUCAGUCUCGGAGGCAACAAGUAAAAGAAUACCUGUCCACCACCUGUGCCACCAAACAGACAGUCCAUGCAGUUACAGGACCGAUGCCACCCUCUCCUCCCACAACCAUGGGACCCACAGGGGGCUCUGCGCCUGCCCCUCCUCCCCUCCACUCACCACACAUGCGCACCGAGCAGCUCAUGUCUGGUAACAGCGCCCCCAACAGUCCCAUGGCCAUGCUCAACAUCGGCUCCAGCCACGAGAAUGAGAUGGAUGAGGUCAUUGAUGACAUCAUCAGCAUGCAGUCCAAUUAUGAUGAUAUUCAGGCAUACAUAGACCCUAUCCAGAUGCCAAACACACUCCCUCUGUCCAGCAGUCACCUGGAUGUGUAUACAGGUCCUGGGAUGAAGGGGCCAGCCAUUGCUAUGACCAGUAACUCCUGUCCUGCCAACUUGACCAUCAAACGAGAGCUGUCAGAAGCCCGUGCGCUGGCCAAGGAGAGACAAAAGAAAGAUAACCACAAUCUGAUUGAAAGAAGGAGGAGAUUCAACAUCAAUGAUCGUAUUAAAGAGCUGGGCACCAUGAUCCCUAAAACCAAUGACCUUGUGGUUAGUGAUGUGCGCUGGAAUAAAGGUACCAUACUGAGAGCGUCUGUAGAGUACAUCAAACGCAUGCAGAAGGAUGUACAGAGGACCAGGGAGGUGGAAAAUAACUUCAAAAGGAUGGAAAUGGCCAACAAACAGUUGUUGCUACGUAUCCAGGAGUUGGAGAUGCAGGCUCAAAUGCAUGGCCUACCUAGCAACUCUCCCUCUGGCAUGAAUACGAAUGACAUCAUGUCUCCUUAUAUAAAACAAGAGACCAACCCAGAGGAGAACCUUUCUCACCCCCAUCAACAAGCCCACCACCAGCCCCAGCACCUACCCCAGAACCAGGCUCAGCAACACCACUUCCUUCAACAGACCCACCUCCACCAACAGGGCCAGGUUCAGCCUCAGCCCAGGCACUUGCCACCGCUCCCCCAGCAACUCCAUCCCCAGCCACCCAUCCAGUUCCCAGCUGUAGGCAGCUCCCAGCCCUUUGACUUUGCCCAGUCGCUGGACUUGUGCGAUGGGAUGCAAGGUUUCUCAGAUGGCAUGUCGGGGCUGGGCGACCUGGCCGGACUGGACGUCCACGGGAGGAGAGGCGAGCUGGGCUUCCUGAUGAUGGACGAGCCCUUGUCCCCUAUCGGUGGAGACCCGCUGCUCUCUGCCAUGUCCCCUGAAGCGUCCAUCGACUCUAGCCGCAGAUCCAGCUUCAGCUUGGACGAUGCAGACAUACUCUAAACACAUACGUAUACAUACACGCACCCUCACAAACAAAGACACACACAAGCACACGCAGAAUUUUCAGAGAGAUGUCAGUGUAACAAGUCGCAGUACAUCAGCACAUACUCCAACACAUCACAACACAAAAUAAUAAGACAUGACACGCCCACAACAUGCAGCACAUACUGAAUACAUCACGCAACUUGAUACACUGAUGGCACUCAUUUGUUGUACAAUUACCCCUCCAUAACUGCAAGAGCAAAAAAAAAAAGAAGGUACAAGCGCGCGCACACACACACACACACACACACACACAGCAGGAUGUGGGAUAAACUGAGAAGCUUGAAACUUUUCCCUACACACUGAGCAUUUACAAGGGGUGAAGCAACACUGCCAGGUCAAGAGUUAUAUAGCACACUUGGCCUCGUUUCCAUAAAGGUGGCUGUGAAUCAUAAUCAAGGGGGACAAAACCAGCAGUUAAUUAGAUUGAAGUUAUCAGAUACAAGGACAACCGAGCUCAUUGUCUCACUUGAUAGAGGACAAGUUAUUUUCCCCUUACAUCAACCUCUUUUAGUAACCAUAAACGAUUGAAUGAACGAUAGUGAAUAAAAUGGAAAUAGCUUUAUGGUCCUGCAUACAUAAUUAAGCUUAAGGCAGAUGCAGUCCAGUCUCAUUGUUCUGUUCCUCAAUCUGCUAUUCCACAGUUGGCCUUAGCCUCAAGCACAAGCAUUUAAAAAGUCACUGGGUGGACAAUGCAGGAAUCAGAUAAUCCAGCCUUCUUCAUUUUCUGCAACUGUAGUUGUCGUCUUCUCAUAAACAUGUACGCCCUCCCACUGCUGUGCACCAUUUUCUACACCUUUUAACACUUUGACAAUGUGAGGACCUUUACCCAAAGAAGACACAGUGACUGUGAGUGCGUCAACUCCAGAGUAGAGAAAGCCAUUUGAUAGUCUCCACAAAAAAACUAAAAAAAAAAACCCCACAGUGUCAUCCAAAUCUGUGAGGUGUCAAAAUACUCAGGUACUGUAUCAGAAAGUAGAAGCAGAUGUUAACCCAAACCCAUAAACCUUUUCAACUUGCCUUCUCAUUUUUGCAGCUGCUGUUCUUCAAAGGAUUUUAAAGGUUAGAGGUCAUGACCAGAGUUUAGAGUUAAAAUAAACAUCAAAUAUGCCUGUAAAUGCUUCUGUACAAAUUAUACCUUUGUUAGUGCAGGAGAGUUUCAUUUUUAUCUCACUAAGUGACUUCAUAGAGGACAGCUUGUACCAGAGGCCCAGGUGAAGAAAAGAUAGAGGGGACUAGAGAGGGAGUGACAAAGAUAGUUUGCCUCAGCUGACCGCAGUAGUAGUGUAAUCCUCACUGUCAAACACAGCAUUAGCACACCCUUGCAUGCAUUCACGCUCACUUUCUGUUCACAAAUGAGCAUCCAUUAAACAUGCAGACGCUCACAUACUGUACGCAUGAUCGCACACUCACUCACACACACACACACAUAUACACAUACUGUACAUUGCAGUGUGCCUUGAGGCUGUUUUCAAAUCAUGAUGUUAUCGAGUCUCCUGUACUUCAGCCUCUCCCCUGUUGAGUCGAGUGAAGCUGCAAGCUACAGAGAUGAAGCUCAGGUCUGUCGUUCACACUGCCACCUAAAGGGAAUCUGUUGUCCUAUUGGCUAACUGACAUCGAUUUGUCAUCACUUUCAUGGUUAGAGCAGGCUGACAUGGACCUGAGUUGUAUCUCUGCUGUGGUAGACCUGAGGCUUGGCUUUGAUUUGAUAUAGCUUAUGAUCAGUACUGGUAAAGGUAGAAAAAAAAAACUUUGAUUUUUUUUGAUUAAAAGAAGUGUUUGUUUUCAUUAUUAUAGUUUGUUGUUUAUUUUAACUCCCAAAGCACUGGAAACUGUUAUUGUUUUGACUUUGUACAUGGAAGAAUUAUGGAAUAAGAUUUAUUUAGAUGUUUUAUGCCACUAAGCCACUUAAAUGUAUUUUGUUUGUAUUUCUUGUUUUAGCUCUAUUUCAGUUUUAUUCCAAAACUACCCUUUCUUCUCAGAGCCAAUUUCAGUAAGUACACUGUAAAGGCAUUAAGCCACCAAAGUGUUACUGGGGAAGGAGCGGGGAGCCAUUUAUGAACUUCCAGAUUUCAACUGACUUUAGAGAGAUGAAGAGAUUAUGUACAUUUAUGAUGCCAUUUUUAUAUAAUUGGGGUUUUAUUGUUCUCUCUGUUGUGAAAUUUGGAGCCAGACAUAGAUGAAAGAUGAUUAUUUGAUUUGAUUCAAUUCAGAUUGCUCAUUUUAUGAAUGUAAGGUUUACCAGUGAUUCUGGUCAGACUGAAGCAGGUUGGCGUUUUUUGUUUUUUUUUGCCAUGCGUUUUUUCUUCCUGACUUUGGGUUUCCAUGGAGACUGGAAGACGACUGACUUCAUAUAAACUCUGAGCCGAGGAGUUGUGGUUGCCAUGGUGUCAUAUCAUUGACUCUGCUUUUGUCUCUGUCUGUCUGCCAGAGUUGUGCCUUUUCAACCACUGUCUGUUGUUGUCACCCAGCCAACACUCCAAAGACCUGCUCAGGCCUCCUCUUCUCUUCCACUAGAGGGCGCUCUGCAGAGCAAACUACACAGGGAAAAGUGGUUCUGAUUUUACUGAAAAUAUAAAAUGUUUUACCAGAAUCCA